CACGUCCCAUCACUGCCUGUACUCAAGAUAUUGGUAGUCCAUCUAGUACUCCCCCUCGUCAAGACCUCCUCAAUAUGACCAAACGCACACGCAAAGUUGGUGUCACCGGAAAAUACGGCACUCGUUAUGGUGCUUCCCUGCGUAAGCAGGUGAAAAAGAUGGAAAUCACGCAACACGCCCGGUACACCUGCACUUUCUGCGGCAAGGACUCCGUGAAGCGUACCGCCGUUGGUAUUUGGCAUUGCAGCUCUUGCAAAAAGACGAUCGCUGGCGGUGCAUGGACAGUAUCGACGACUGCGGCUGCUACUGUACGGAGCACCGUUCGUCGUCUGCGGGAGUUGACUGAGGCAUAGAUAAAAUGUCAUGGGUUCUUUUGCCAUGCUUUUCUUCGCUUUGUUCCAUAUAUCUCGACCCAAUGACUAUGAGCCUCAUGAUGCACGCUGUAUAUUUCCAUCAACACGUGUGAACGCUUUACCUUAGAUUAUUUCCGAGGAUUGUUGA